CUUCUGAAUAUGUAGUAACACACCCAGUAAUACAAUCGCCGUUGGAGAAAGUGCAAUGCAAAUGCACUAUCUUACACUACUGAUCUUUCCAAUUCUCAUUACAGUCCUGCAGUGCCGGAGCGUUGGUAGGUCACCAUAUGAGACCGAAGACUAUGACAUUAAGAAGUUUGUGCACACGCCGGAACCCAUCUGGACGUACAAUACGACCUCCUACGGCAAUCUUCCCUGUAGGGUUGACGUAAUGCACAAUUUGACAGACCCUUUCAUCCUGUUCCACAGGUCAUAUUUCUUCGGCAUCACCAAAGUAACAAAUGAAAUGAUGGGAGCAUUUAGCCCGGAGCAUGAGAAUGCGAUGUUCGUCGGCCCUCAAGACUACGACCCAUGGUUUGACCUCCGGAUUAAAAAUUCUUCCACAGAAUUCGGCCCUGACAUUGACUGUGUGGUACGCUUCAAUGAGAUUGGGCAGCAAGGACAGCUUCUUUAUAUGCCGAACUGCCAAUACAUAAUUCGAACCAACAGAUUUGAAGCAACAUUUGUUAAGAACGAUCGACAAUUUUACACGUAGGUCGGUGUAGAUUUAACACGUCAUCGCGGAUAGAAUAGCCAGACUGCAAUCCGUCUUCACCCGAACUUUCACAAGAGCCUUUCGUACUUUCAUACGCAAUGAAAAGGAAAAAUGUAAAUUUUCUAUGUGCUUUUCAUGUUAAUAAAUCCCAAGUCAGCAAUCAUAUCAACCCAUCUUCAACCA